GAAGUCUAUUGCACGACGCGGAAGCAAUCUGGAGACAUCUUUGUGCAAUAAAACGUGUCAUGCAUUUAACAUUUCAACCUAAUUUGAGGUUUUUAACCUCAUCUCCUUUCUUACGAUUAUUGGGCGCCAUCUUUUGCUUUUAUGACUUAGUUUUCAACUUGUCUUCAUUUAUUGCUCACUUGAUGUUAGACACCUGUGGAGAAAUCAGUCGUCACUUCAUUUGGUGAUAAUCGGUGGUAAUCAUCAAGUGACAAUCAGUGACUUGAUUAAAUGGCAAAAAGUGACUUUAUUAAGUUACCAUCAUUGGGAAUAUCAUCGUUAUUUUAUUGACCUCUAAUAUCUUAAGAAAAUAGUUGAUGUUUUUAUUUGAAUUAGCAGUACAUGUGGAUUUCCCAAGCCAUUUACUGCCUUGCCGUUCAUGAUGAAUACUGCAUCAAUACCAUGAGAUGACAAUUGUUUGUCUUAUAAUCACAUAACUUGAAGUCAUUUCUGGAUAAGAAGUUUUCCUUUCUUUAAAAAUCGGUGGUUUACCCUAGAAUAUGAGUCAUGUAUCGUCCUAUGUCCGCACAAACCAGAAACGAAAACUUGAUGCGAGCCAGUGCAACCCGGCGGUUAGCAAGAGCUACAGAUCCUGUUGAAAAACUUCGACUGCUUUGUUUACAAAGAGGUUCCAGUGGUAUACUGGGACUAGGGAGGGUUUUCCGGAGAAUGGACGACAAUGGAAAUGGAGUAUUGAGUUUCGAAGAAUUCAAGAAAGGUCUUCACGAUUCAGGGUUUGAUCGAAGCAUGGAUGAUUUUGAAAUGGAAGAACUUUUCCAAAUGUUUGACAGAGAUAACUCAGGUGCCAUCAGUUAUGAUGAAUUUUUGAGAGCAAUAAGGCCAAAAAUGUCACAAAAUCGUUUAAAAAUUGUGGAGAAAGCUUUCAGCAAAUUGGACAGAACAGGCGAUGGAGUCGUUACCUAUCACGAUUUGAAAGAUGUUUACAAUGUCAUGUAUCAUCCUUUCUAUCAGAACGGUCAGUUGACUGAAAAGGAACUGUUUCUGCGGUUUUUGGCGAAUUUUGAAGUUGGUGGCAAUCCAGACGGAAUAGUAACAAAAGAAGAAUUCAUCGAUUACUACACAGGAGUGAGCGCCAGUAUAGAUGAAGAUGCCUAUUUUGAUCUGAUGGUGCGAUUGGCGUGGAAGUUGUAAAAAUGUGCGGGACAGCCACACACGUUUUUCCUUCACAUUUUGGAAGGAAAUAUAUCUCCUUAAAAAUGGAAGUUAUUCUACCAAUAUACAUAAUAUGUAUUUAUGUUAUUGCAAGAAUCCAAUUUUUUUUACGAGAGAAAAACAAAGACAAAUUACUCUUGUCACCAGACAAACAUUAUAAAUUUUAACCAUUUAAUUUGAAAACAAAUCAUCAGAUUACAGAAAGUUUGUAAAUCAUAUACAGAGUCCCAGGAGAAAAAUUGUCGUCUAAAUGAAUAUAUUAUUAUAUAUGCAAAGUGAAAUAUUGGCUAAGUUCUCAUUUUCUUAGGAAUGGCAUAUAUUGCAUGUAUAUUUAAAAUAAUUUGUUGCAUUCUUGCUGCAAAUGGAAUGUUCAUUUUUCUUUUCUGUGGAUAUCAAGCAUCACUGGAAAGAUAUAAAGAAUGUUUAAAGAAAUGAACAUGAAAGAACUGCAAUAGAAUUUAUUGUAUCUGCAUUGCAAAAAAGUCUUUAUACUUUCAUUUCACAAGGAAAACGUCUUCUUAAAAUUGACUAUCUUUGGUGCUUGUGUUAAAUGUAGUCAAUCAUUAUUAAAUAAGUCGGUUGUAAUUUAAUGUGAGUUACUCUCAUUUGCAUUUAGUUAUGCGUUUUGCGCAUAGAAGUUGCUUUUCUUAUAAU